ACCCGAAACACUGGUGAGUGACGUGCUGCAGGAAUGCCGAAAAUAUGCGUGUCUUUCCAAAAGCGCAUCCCAACACAUCCUUCACACAGGCGCGUGACGUCAGAGCUCGGGGCUCGGGAUCAGCCCCCUGUUAAGAAGCGCAUUCUAGUCUGAGAUCCCGUCCAUUUGGAAACAGCUUUCACGAGCUGUGGGAUCUCUCCUCUCCAUCUCCAUCCCUGCAGCAUCACGGAGAGCCUCUGCCUUUCUGAACAGAGCUUUGAAAUCCCUUUGCAUCUAGGCGAGUUUCCCCAUCUUCAUUCACCAGUUUUGUGAUGUAUUGAAAGUUUGUGGAAACUUUGGGGAGUUUGAUCGAUUGAUGUUCUGCUGAUACUGUGGUGAAGAUGUCGGUCAGGCGUUUGGCAGCGGCCGCUCUCCUAACACUCACAGUACUCACUUCAGUGAGAGCUCAAGUAACUCCUCCUUCAGACUUGAGGUUUACUAUAUUAAAUGAAAACACAGUGCAAAUGACAUGGAAGCAACCGUUGUCAAGAAUUGAGGGCUUGAGAGUAGUAGUGACAUCGGAUACAGAAGAACCUGUUAAGGAAUUUACACUUCCUCCAACCGCAACCAAAACCUCCAUCAGAGAUUUGACCCCCGAUGUGGAAUAUGUUGUAACGAUAAUUUCAUAUUUGGGAUCGGAGGAGAGUAUACCAAUCUCUGGUCAAAUAACAAUCCAAUCAAGUGGUUUUGAAGGAGGUACCAGGAAACCUCAGGUCUCCGAUGCAGUCAAAUGCUCAGCAAGUGCCAUUGCUGACCUUGUCUUCCUGGUGGACGGCUCUUGGAGUGUCGGGCGGGAAAAUUUUAAAUUCAUCAGCAGUUUCAUAGCAGCCAUGGCAGACGCGUUUGACCUCGGAGAAGACAAGACUAGAGUUGGUGUGGUUCAGUUACAGCACGGACACCAGAACUGA